AUGCAGUACACAUGUUAUCGAAUCCACCGUAAGCGAAGCAAACGACCGCGGCUGCUUGGAAGACCCCUUUGGCUCCAUUUGUCCGUCAGGACGAGCCGGAGGUCGCCUCAUGCGGCAGAGUUGUUCCCGACGGCGCCCGAUGUUCCUCCUAUGGGGGACGGUAUCUUCCAUGUGACUCACCCGCAGCACCCGAUCACGCAGACCUGCUUGCCGGACAUCUUCACAUGCGGUGCAUGCAAGGAGUAUGGUGCCGGCGAACGGUUCUCGUGCACCGAGUGUGACUAUCAGCUCCAUGAUUUUUGUGCUUUGGCUCCUGCAACUCUUAAGAGACAUCCCAUUCACCCUCUUCACAACAUCGUUUUCAUCACUAAAUCUGUUAAAGGUGGAAUAUUGAAAUCUCGGUGCGAUAUCUGUGCCAAGCCCACCAAAGGCUGCGUUUUCAAAUGCAACGCCUGCACAAUCCAAAUGCACCCAUGCUGCGCCAUGUUGUCGACCCAAAUCAACAUAUCGGUCCACCUGCACACGCUCCGCCUCUUGCCGGGCCUGUCGCCGAGCUCGGACCCUAUCGGCAUUGUGUGCAGCGAGUGCAACCGUCGCAGGUCGGGUUGGGUGUACCAAUGCACCGUCUGCGAUUACCAUCUCCACGCGGUGUGUGCCAAGAACAUGGUGAACGGACUCGAAGCCAACGAGAUCAAAGGGUUGGAUAAACCGAGCAUGGUGGCGACCGCCGUGAGGGUCGAUUCACAAGUGGUGAUCGAGUUCAUCGGCGGGCUGAUCGAGGGGAUCGGAGAAGGCAUCGGUCAGGUGAUAAUUCAAUCGGCCACGAGAGGAAGGUGCUGCACUAACAGAUCAAACAGGACUGCAUGA